AUGUUCCAAAGUACUUUUUCCAUCCAUGACACUCCCAAAAAAGCACGCGUGAAAGGUGCUGCCGACUUCAUGAAAUAUAAGGAGCGGUGCGAUCGUUUUCUUCAAGACCUUGGAUGGACUGCACGAUCUAUGACGUGGUCUCAGCUAGCUGAGGAGCUGGAUCUUGGUGUUUCUGGAAAAACUAUAAAACGGCAUAUGGGCUCUAUAGAUUCGCACAAAUGUAUCGCGUGCUCCAAGGGCUGGAUGUCACAAAAACUCGCCCAGAAACGAAAGGAAUGGGCCACGAUCAUGCUUGAUAAGUAUCCCAAGCCGGAGGACUGGCAUAGAGUCCGCUUUUCUAAUGAAUUGCACUGGUCUAUUGGUGCUGAAAAAAAGAUCCAGAUUAUCAGAAAACCCGGUGAACGCUACUGUUCUGAUUGUAUUCAACAUACCCUCGAUCGAACGGCUGAGAAAUCGCAUCGCUAUCUAUAUUUUUAUACUACUAAGUCUCCUAAUCGCAAGGUGAGCCUAGAGCGCGGCGAUGACUUCGUUGUUGAAGAAGAUAAUAAUAGCGGCCACUGCGGCGGCCGUUCCGCGCUAGAGUCAUAUUUCAACUGCCCUGGAUUACUAAAUUUGGCAUCCAUUGAAAAUUGCUGGCGCCUACUAAAGCAGUUUAUGGCUAGAUUUCCGCACUAG